UGUACGGCGAGGGUAUUCGUCCCCACGGCGGGAUGCUAGCCUCGUACCUCUUGGCCCUCAUGAGGUCCGGAGACUGGAAGACCGCUCUCGACGUUCGAGAAAGGUAUCGCGGCGACAAGGAGGAAUUUCAGCUGUCUCACGCGGAGAGACACGUCCACAAGCUUGACUUUGUCGCCAGAGAGGAGGCAGUGGUAGACGGUGUUGUGGCGAACGGGCUCGUAGAUAACAAACAGCCCGGCCUGGCGUUGGCAUACGUGCUGGAAGUCCUCAAGGCUCGGGAAGAGGGUAAGGAGGGUGCUAGCGGCAACGGCAACGAUAGCGACUUGAAGCACUUCAUCGACGAGGACAAUCACACUGUACUCGCUGGAAUAAGAGCUUGCAAGCAGGCCGGCUCGUGCGAAACCGCCAUAGGUUUGCUAGAGGCCUGUGAGGCGAGAUGGGCGAAGGGGCCUCUGGAGCGGGAUGCGGGGAGCGGGGGCGGGAGCGAGGAGGGGCAGUGGGCCCAGUACGAGUGGCGAGCGAUGCUGGUCAGAACAAGGCUGUCCAGGAGACGGUUGUACGACUGCUUGAUUUCUGUGCUGGAUGAGAAGGAUCACGACUUUGGCGACAUCCGACGGGUGCUGGAGACAGGCAUGAAGAACGGCGCUGUGUCGUUGAUGAAAGACCAACAAGGUGGAACGUCGGCGGAUCAGGCGGUGGACUUCCACGGCUGGUCCACGCGAAGCGCCCGGUGCAUCGUCCGCUGCAUCAUCGAAGACCUCACCCUCGGCCAGGACUUCCUCCAUCGAACGGGCCAGUACGACCUCGGCCGAGUGGCCCUCGCCCAGGGUCUGCGGGAGUUCGGCAACGUCAGCGAUAGGUGGCACGUUGACAGUCCCGACCCCAGGGGCAGGCGGCGGGAGUUCGCCGACGGUGUGACUCCGGCCCGGUUCGCGGAACGAGAAUACGGUAAAGGCCGGAAACGGAAUCCCGAGAAAAAGUCUCAUUGGGUGAAACCCGAGGGAGGCUGGGACGGACGUGGGUCCGACGAGAGUCAGGCUAGGUGGUGGGAGAAGCAGAAGCGCUUGUCCUUAGUUGUGGGGAAGCCUAGACCUCCCCCGUGUAUCCGUAACGCGGUGGAGGAGUUCUGCAUGCUGGGGGUGUCCCCACCCCUGAGGGUGCAGAAGGCAGCGUCCAACCCCGGGAUCUUGACCAUCGAGCCGGAGGACGUGCAGGCGUGGUUGGAGCGAAAUCCGCGCGUCUUGUCGUGAUUUUUUUUUUUUAGUUGUGUUUUUACACGUCGGCGGCGGAGUCCUUGCAAACUGGUGUGACGGUGUGUACGUCAUGGACGCGGCAACCGAGAAUGUGCGGCCGUGAUGUGGACAAUCUUGCCCAUCAUAGAGCUGCUGCUACAAGCGUAUUUUGAAGGGAGGGUUGGGAGAGUGAACACAUCCAUGUGUCUUGGGUGCUUGGUCGAACAUUUGGGCUUGGACUUGCGUGCCUGUGGGCAACGAGCAUCCUGAAUUCUGGAUGCUUCCGUACGAGCGCUCUGCCGACUGGAGACUGUGAAACGCAUAGCGGGAACAUCUUCUAAAAGUGCUGCUGAUGGCUGAUGGUCGUCAACGUACCGGUGACAUAUGCCGAUGGUGCUGCCUCGUGUACAGCAA